UCAGUUCCUGGUCAUAAAGCUCGAUCCCACCAGACUUAGUUAGAAAUGAACGUUCCGGACUUUAUCAGAGUUGAAAACUGGCCAUCGUCGAGUUCUGAUCUUAAUCUCCUGGAUUAUGAUUUAUGCCUUCAGAGACAGGUGAGCGUGAUGAGCAUGAAUCUGUCUGCCAAGCUGGACGAGCUGCAGAGGGGCGACCGUCAACUUGAGACAACGGUCGCUCUAUGCGAAAUCCGUUCACAACUCCAGGAACUCACAAAGAGUGUAGAAUCAUGCCAAAGUGAAGUUUCCGAGGUUAAACGCGACAUGGUGGCCAUCAAGCAAGAGUUGGAUACCGUGCAGCAAGUGAAGGAAGAAAUAGAAGAACUACGGGAGUAUGUGGACAGGCUCGAAGAACACUCGCAAAGACGGAAACUUAGGUUGCUUGAGCAGGGUCUUACGUUUUUCUUAUCCUACGCUAUUUUGGCCGCGGUACUCGGGAUGUUGCAGUUUGGCUACAACACUGGUGUCAUCAACGCUCCUGGCAGAAACAUCGAGAACUUUAUGAAGGAUGUCUACAAAGAUCGCUAUGGCAAAGAUAUCCACGAGGACACGGUGAAUAGGCUGUAUUCGAUAGCGGUCAGCAUUUUCGCUAUCGGUGGUAUGCUGGGUGGAUUCUCUGGAGGGAUGAUUGCUAAUCGAUUUGGAAGAAAAGGAGGCCUCUUGCUCAACAAUAUCCUCGGCAUCGGCGGUGCCAGUCUAAUGGGCUUCACAAAAAUAUCUCAUUGUUAUGAAAUGCUCUUUUUCGGUAGAUUCAUUAUAGGCGUCAAUUGCGGCUUAAAUACAUCACUUGUGCCAAUGUACAUAUCGGAGAUCGCACCGCUGAACCUGCGUGGAGGCCUUGGCACUGUUAACCAGCUGGCUGUCACCGUCGGAUUGCUGCUAUCGCAAGUACUUGGGAUCGAGCAAAUUCUUGGCACUGAUGAUGGAUGGCCUAUCCUUCUCGGUUUGGCUGUAUGUCCUGCUAUAUUACAGCUACUCCUUUUACCCGCCUGUCCCGAAUCUCCGCGAUAUCUUUUAAUUACUCGUCAGUGGGAGGAAGAAGCAAGGCGUGCGUUACGAAGACUCCGUGCUAGCAACCAAGUUGAAGAGGAUAUUGAGGAAAUGCGAGCUGAAGAGAGAGCGCAGCAAGCGGAGGCAUCUAUAUCAAUGAGGGAAUUGCUCUGUUCACCAACCCUGCGUGCUCCUCUGCUUAUCGGUGUCGUAAUGCAAUUGUCCCAGCAGCUAAGCGGAAUAAAUGCUGUGUUCUAUUAUUCAACAUCGCUCUUUACAUCCUCUGGCUUAACGGAAGAAUCUGCAAAGUUUGCUACUAUGGGCAUCGGUGCUAUAAUGGUGGGCAUGACUUUGGUAUCCUUGCCACUUAUGGAUCGCACGGGGCGCCGCACCCUCCACCUCUACGGCCUCGGCGGGAUGUUUAUCUUCUCCAUUUUCAUCACCAUCUCAUUCUUAAUAAAGGAGUUUUUUGGCUAUGUGCAGGAAAUGAUAGAUUGGAUGAGCUAUUUAUCAGUGGUUUCAACGUUGAGUUUCGUCGUGUUCUUCGCCGUCGGACCGGGCUCUAUUCCUUGGCUGAUAACCGCUGAAUUGUUCUCUCAAGGCCCAAGACCAAGUGCAAUGGCCAUCGCCGUAUUAGUGAAUUGGAUGGCAAAUUUCGUCGUCGGAAUUGGCUUUCCUAGUAUGAAGGCUCUAUUGGAAAACUAUACAUUCCUGCCUUUUAGCGUAUUCCUUGCAAUUUUUUGGAUUUUUACGUAUAAAAAAGUUCCUGAAACCAAAAACAAGACCUUUGAAGAGAUCCUCGCUUUGUUCCGAAAUUCUAAUGGAAGUGUCGGAGCAGUCUUCGGUGGCGGGGGAGGCCCGGCCGCCGCCGCCACUGCCUCCGCCCCGGUUCCCUGCCACGGGCAACGUCUGACAAUGGGAGACCGCUGCGCGUGCGCCCCUAGUCGCGCCCAUCAAGGCCGCCGCCAACUUCUUGUUUCAUGGACUCAAGCGUCAAACGGCGGGCCGCGCCCCUAUCACUACCACACAACAAAUGUUCUAAAUUGAUGUGAUUAGGUUAUAAAACGAAAUUAGUAUGUAAGUCACGGCGUAAAUUAAUAUAUAGUUGUUUAGUCUGUCAUUUUAUGACGAACCUACAUAAUAAAACAUACUUAGGUACCGUAUAAAGUGCCAUCGGUUUCUUGUACCCAUUUUAAUUAGGUCUUAAAUUUUACUUAAAAAUAAUGAUAAUUAUACAAAAUUGAAAAGAUUUUGAGCAGAUUUCGGAUAAGGCUUAAUUGAGAGUCGUGUGACGAUUUACGAGACAAAUUAAGCUUCAGAUAUUAAUAAAGUUAACUGAUAAGUAUGCGAAGAUGAUGUUAAUUCAUUAUAUUAAAAGAUAUAGUAGAUUUAUUGAAUAUAUCUAGAAAGCAAUGAUGGCGACGCGCGACGUAACAAGCUCGUUCUUGUGCCUGGGCCAACUAACAGUAUGCAAUAUGCACACAAUAGUGAUUCUAAAAUUUACAAUAACAUAAUUAUAAUAAAAAUGAUAAGUCAUCUUCUUCAGUGGUCCCAAACGAAACGGGAAUGUGUUUGUACGUCCUAUACAGACGAAAACAAGGCACGUACUCAUUUAUCUGUUUAUAUAAUUAAAAGUGAGGCUACGGAGUACAUAACAUAAUGCUACAUUAUAAGAGUUUUUAAACAAACUGAUUAUAAUUUUUGCACAAUAUAUUUAUGUAAAAGUAAAUUGCGCAAAUAAAUAUCUCAAGAAAUACCAAGGUACUUGCUCAAAAUUAACAUUUGUUAUUAAUAGUUAAAUGUUUGAAUGUAUGUAUGUAAGUUGUUUUGAUAGAAUAUUUUUUCAUUAGACUAAUAAUUUUACAAUAAUCAGAAAGUAAUAAGACUAAUCAUGAACUGUUUUAAAGCGGAGUUCGAUGCGGAAGUAUGCAAUAAUGUGAGGAAAUGACUUACUGUUCUUAUUAUAUAAUGCCACUGUAUCUGGCACUGUAGGGGACACAGGACACAGUACGGGUCAAAUGCCAACUAAAGUUAGAAUAAUAUAAAAUGGGUACGACGAGAGUACAUUUUGCUUACGACAAUGAUUAUUGUCACUGAAGUGUAUAAAAACGAUGUAAAUACAUGAUGUGACUUUAUUGUAUUGUUGAUUUUUUAUACAUAAUUAUAUUAUUUUAAGAAUGUUUUUAUUCUCCUUUUACUCACAAUUAUUAUUGUUAUACCUAAUUAUAGAUUAGUCAUAUCUAAAAUGACCGAAACAUUGUAAUUACAAUAUAAAUAUUAUUGAUAAAUAAAUAAUAAUUGACAUUGGACACAUACAGUUUAAUUGCAGUUGCGGGAAUUGAUCAAAUAAAAUAUUGUAUUUAUUUAGUGCAAAACAAAAUAACCUAGAAAACACGAUUCACAAUACUUGUUAUAAGAUAGUGGUUUAUUUUUGUUCCCACAUUUAGAAUAUAUAUUUAAUUUAUAGUGAUAAGAGAUAAUAAAACAUUAUCUUUUUAAUUGAUGAAAAGUAUAGUGUAUGGUAAAUUAUACAAUUUGUGAAGACUUUUAAGAAUGUAAAGCUUUUAAACUUAUACGCCCUAGAGAAUGAACAAAUGUUUCAUUAAUUAUUAGUUAGGAUUCAGUAGUUACUUCAGGGUUGUAGUCAAUCUGUUCGUCCGUUCAUCUAAUAACUGCUCAAUUCAAUAUUAAGAUUAGGGAGUUCCAUAGCCUCCGGAACGGGAAAUGGUAGCACGGCCUAAAAAAAUGUGUCUAUCGAAUUUCGAGAGUAGUGUUGAGGCGGGCGCGCAUUUACAAACCGCGCGUUCAGAAAACUGCAGUUCGUCUGUAUGGGCCCUCGGGCGAUUGUUACUUUAUAUUCCCAACUUGUAGCUUCGUAUUUCCUCUCCGAUACUUCCUCUUAAUCUUCCCUCUUUAGAUCACUUUUGACCGUUUUAUUUACAAUUUACCUUUAGUUUGCAGACAAUUAUUUGAUCCGAUAUAAAAUUAAAUACUGUUAAAAAUAUUUAAAAGUUUAAUAUGUUGAUAUUCUACCGCCAUUGUAAAAAAAUAGAAUAGUUAUGUAAAUAUAUCAAUUAUAUUAUGUUAUUAAAAUGUAUUUAUUCAUAGGGAAAUUGUUAUUUUCGUAAAAAAAAAAAAUUAAUAAUAUUAAAUAAUAUAUUUUGUUAUGCCAAAGCGAUUCUAACCCAUUCUGCGUUAUAGUAUGCUUCCAGAUAAAAGUUAAAAUAAUUAUAAUAAUCAGAUUUAUAUUCCUAGAUAAUUUCCAUUGUAUCGUAAUGAUUCUGCUCAUUUGCGAUCAAAACUCCGUUUAGGUUUAGUAUAGAAACAUCGGUGUCGUAUCGAUGAUGGAUGCACGGAUGGACAGAUUCGUUGGGAAAGCAAACCCAUUCGCUAGUGAAAGAAACCCUAAAUCCUUCUAAGCACUAUCCACAGUAUAUGCCACAGAUAUUUCAAAUGCCUUUAAGUUUCAAUAUGCGGAGAUUUCUCCGUACUUGUACAAAAGGAACUUGUAAAAUUUUAUUGGAAACUAAUACUUGUUAUAAAAACGUUCAAAAAUA